GAGAAAAUAAAGAAAGAAAGGACAGUUUAAAGAGAGAACCUUAUCCGUUUGUGGUACAUUACGACCUUUAUAAAAGCAGAUCGAAAUGAUCAUGCAAAGAACCAACGCACAUCAUUAAGAGGAGAGAGAGGGAGGGAGAGAGAGAGAAGGAAGGAAGGAAGGAGAAGAAGAAAAUACUCCACACGGCAUCUAGAGAGAGAGAGAGAGAGAGAGAGAGAGAGCAUCAAUUAAUGGCGGCCUCGAAGAGCUACUUCCCGAGAGCAAGCUACCGAUUCCUGUCCAGCGACCGAGACGCUCCGAUCACUUCGGACUCUAUCUUCGAGCUCGACGAAUCGGACGUCUGGAACAACACGAUCCGUUCGUCGUCGCCGGAUUACCGGAAACCGGUUCCGUCCUACCGCGACUCGCACAAGAAAUCGGCCUCGGCGGCGAAGGCGAAGCGAGGGGCGGAAGCCGGGCCGAUGACCGGGUCGCUGCCGGUCAACAUACCGGACUGGUCGAAGAUACUCAAGGACGACUACAAGGACAAUCGGAGGCGGGACAGCGACGACGAGGACGACUGCGACGGCGGCGGCGGCGGUGGGUACGGCGGCGGAGGGGAUCGGGUUCCGCCGCACGAGUUCCUGGCAAGGCAGUUGGCGAGGACGCGAAUCGCCUCCUUCUCGGUGCACGAAGGCGUCGGGAGGACUCUCAAAGGGAGGGAUCUGAGUCGGGUCAGAAACGCAAUUUGGGAGAAAACUGGGUUCCAAGAUUAACUGCUGAGAACAGUUUCAAAAAAUUUAAAAACAAAAAAAUUUAACUGCUGAGACAUCGGAAAUUUAUCGCAACGCGGAGAAGUAUUACUCUCUUUUUUUUCUUUUUCCUUUUUUUCUUUUUUGAGAACGCGGAGGAGUAUUACUCUAUUAGUUAGGACUCAGAUUAACUGCCUUCUUUUUUAAGGUUUUAAAUUUUUUGGUUUGUGGUGACUGUUGACGGAGCGGAUUGUUAGUGCUUGUAAUCCUAAUUUUUGAGAGCAAAUGAAGAACUGCCUAUUCUAUUUUA